AUGGCUGCAAGCUCCUCCCUCGACCAUCUGAGCAACCGGAUGAAGCUGGAAUGGCACUCCAAGCUCAACACCGAAAUGGUGCCGGCGAAGAACUUCCGCCGCACCUCCAUCAUCUGUACCAUCGGUCCCAAGACGAACUCGGUUGAGAAAAUCAAUGCCCUCCGCAGAGCUGGUCUCAACGUUGUCCGCAUGAACUUCUCUCACGGCUCAUACGAGUACCACCAAUCCGUUAUUGACCACGCCCGGCAAGCCGAGGCCUCGCAAACCGGACGCCCCGUCGCCAUUGCUCUUGACACCAAAGGACCUGAGAUCCGUACCGGAAACACUGUCGGUGAUCAGGACAUCCCCAUCAAGGCUGGCCAUGAGCUCAACAUCACCACCGAUGAACAAUAUGCCGCUGCCUCUGACGACCAGAACAUGUAUCUCGACUACAAGAAUAUCACCAAGGUGAUCUCUGCUGGCAAACUCAUCUAUGUUGAUGAUGGUAUCCUUUCAUUCGAGGUCAUCGAAGUCGUCGACGACAAAACCCUCCGCUGCCGCUGCCUUAACAACGGUAACAUCUCCUCCCGCAAGGGUGUCAACUUGCCCGGUACCGACGUAGACUUGCCCGCUCUUUCUGAGAAGGACAUCAGCGAUCUGCAGUUCGGUGUUAAGAACAAGGUUGACAUGGUUUUCGCUUCAUUUAUUCGUCGUGGUAGCGACAUCCGCCACAUCCGCGAUGUGUUGGGCGACGCCGGUAAAGAGAUUCAGAUCAUCGCCAAGAUUGAGAACCAACAGGGUGUCAACAACUUCGAUGAGAUCUUGGACGAGACCGACGGUGUCAUGGUUGCCCGUGGUGAUCUUGGUAUUGAAAUUCCUGCUCCCAAGGUGUUCAUCGCCCAGAAGAUGAUGAUCGCCAAGUGUAACAUCAAGGGUAAGCCCGUUAUCUGUGCCACCCAAAUGCUCGAGUCCAUGACAUAUAACCCCCGUCCUACUCGUGCUGAGGUCUCUGAUGUGGCCAACGCUGUGCUUGACGGUGCCGACUGUGUCAUGCUUUCGGGAGAGACUGCCAAGGGUAACUACCCUUGCGAGGCCGUGACCAUGAUGUCCGAGACCUGUCUCCUUGCUGAGGUUGCCAUUCCUCACUUCAACGUAUUCGACGAGCUCCGUAACCUUGCCCCUCGCCCCACCGAUACUGUCGAGUCCAUUGCCAUGGCUGCCGUCAGUGCUAGUCUCGAACUCAAUGCAGGUGCUAUUGUUGUCCUCACAACCAGUGGAAACACCGCUCGCAUGAUCUCCAAGUACCGCCCCGUCUGCCCCAUCAUCAUGGUUUCUCGUAACCCCGUUGCUUCACGGUAUUCUCACCUGUACCGCGGCGUCUGGCCCUUCCUCUUCCCCGAGAGGAAGCCCGACUUCAAUGUCAAGAUUUGGCAGGAGGAUGUCGACCGCCGUCUCAAGUGGGGUAUCUCGCACGGUCUCAAGCUCGGUAUCAUCAACAAGGGCGACAACAUUGUCUGUGUGCAGGGCUGGCGCGGCGGCCAGGGCCACACCAACACCGUCCGUGUGGUCCCCGCUGAGGAGAACCUCGGUCUUUCUGAGUAA